AUGCGGGUGCGCUUGUCCGUCAACGACCUCAAGACCAUCAUCGAGUACAAGGUGCUCGACUUCAACGCGCUGUUCCUGUCAACACCGUUUGCGAAAGCACACUCGGACUUCUAUGACAUGGUGAUUUAUGGUGGAGACGUCUAUCGGCGAACUACUGGGCUCGUACUACCUCAAGGAAGUGUAGACACGGCCGACACCUCCGCGCGCGCCGACUCGCUCGUGUUCAAGCAGGAAGCGGCCUUCAAGACCGGGCUGCACAGUGCGGGGUGGCUCGAUGCCACCACUCGGGCUAACGCCACGACCAAGAUGUCCAAGUUCACCCACCUCUUGGGGGGGCCAAGAACCCCAAAAUCUCAUAUCGACACUACCUAUGACAAUCAGAUUUGGAAGAUUACUGCGCAAUCCGUGAAUGCGUACAACGAUCUGUUGAAGAACACGAUCGUGUUUCCCGCCGCCAUCUUGCAGUCCCCGCUAUUUGAUGCCAAGGCGGACCCGUCUGUGAAAUAUGGCGCAAUUGGCUUUACUACCGGCUACGAAAACACCCACGGUUUCGACCAAAACGGUCGCGACGGGAAAAUCAAUCUGUGGUGGACGGACGGCUGCCGCGACGAAAACGUUCCACGAAAAAGCCAAGUGCUUCAUCGAGCAGUAUGGGUCAAUGGAAACGGUAAAUGGACAUUGGGGGAAACCAUCGCUGACAAUGGGGGGCUCAACGCUGCGUACCGGACGUCCCGAGACUACGUGCACGCUGUGGCCGAUGCCACCAAGUACACCAAGGGAGCAAGCGAAAAGAUGUUUUGGAUCAGGUACGGCCAAUCGUGGUGCGUAAAGAACAGCGAUAAGUUCCUUCCGAUUCAUCUGACCAACCCACACACCCCUGGUCGCCACCGCUUGACCGGAUCGGUUCAAAACUCGGUCGAUUUUGCCAAGGCGUUCAACUGUCCUGUGGCCUUGCCCAUGAACCCGACCAAGAAGUGUGUUUUGUGGGAAUAG